UCUCGGGUUACGCAUAUGAAGUUGUGGGUAAGAGCAGAUCGAAGGCAUCCAGUCAUCCGAAGAAGAAGGAAAGUAGACGUUCACUUCCUUCAUUUCAUGGAUCAAUAUUUUUUUUAGCUGGGGAAAUACACUGAAGUGCUCGGGCAGCGGCUGAGGAAUAGCACCGAACGACUUUGUGGUAUUUAAUUGAAAAGAGCCAAGCAUACCUAACAGUAUGCGGUGCAGUUAUGGCAGGCAAGGGUAAGACAGUUGUGAGGACGCUGGAGGAUUUAACGCUUGAUUCUGGUUAUGGUGGAGCCGCGGACUCGGUCAGGUCGUCCAGCGUGUCGCUGUGCUGCUCCGACACGCAUCUGUCCUACUCGCAUGGGGGCAACUGCUGGCAUCUGACUGAAUCCAUGCACAGCAGACACAACAGCUUGGACACUGUCAACACCGUCCUGGCGGAGGACACGGAGAUAUUGGAGUGCUCGGGUCAGUGCGCCAAGCUGCCCGAGCUGGAGGACGUGCCAUGGAGCCUCGGCGAGGUGGAGGGCGCAUUGAGCAAAGACCAGGAGCUGAUGGUGGGGAGCCCGUCGCCAGAGGUCCUGGCCCGGCUGUCGGCUCUCAUCAGCCGCGCACUGGUGAGGGUGGCCCGGGAAGCGCAGCGGCUCAGCUUGCGCUACGCCAAGUGCACCAAACACGAGAUCCAGAGCGCCAUCAAGGUGGUGCUGUCCUGGACCAUCUCGGUGAACUGCAUCACGGCGGCUCUCAGCGCCCUGUCCCUCUACAACAUGAGCACCGGGGACAAGUUCAGCCGGGGCAAGUCGGCGCGCUGCGGACUGAUCUUCUCCGUGGGGAAGUUCUUCAAAUGGAUGGUGGAUAGCCGGGUGGCCCUCAGGAUCCACGAACAUGCUGCCAUAUACCUCACCGCCUGCAUGGAGAGCCUGUUCAGAGAGGUGUUCAGCCGCGUCCAGCGCAGCGCACUGGUCGAGAGGGACAACGGCGUACCCAAGUUUACGCUGGAGUCACUGGAGCAAGCCAUCAACAACGACUCGGAGAUCUGGGGUCUGCUGCAGCCGUACCAGCACCUCAUAUGUGGCAAGAAUGCAAGUGGUGUGCUGAGCCUGCCAGAGAGUUUGAACCUCCAUCGGGACCAGCAGCGUUCGGGAAGGGCAGGUGAGGGCCAUGCCUACACCCAGGCCGAGCUCCGCACCCUGGAACAAUCCCUGCUGGCAACCCGAGUGGGCAGCAUCGCCGAGCUGAGUGACUUGGUAUCUCGAGCCAUGCACCACCUCCAGCCGCUGCACAUCCGGAACCCCAGCAACGGGACACCAGUCCACCAGAAGACCAACACCUCAGUGCACUGGGAGCCUGAGGCCCUCUACACCCUCUGCUACUUCAUGCACUGCCCACAGAUGGAAUGGGAGAACCCAAAUGUUGAACCCUCCAAAGUCACCCUGCACACUGAGAGGCCGUUCCUGGUACUUCCUCCGCUGAUGGAGUGGAUCCGGGUGGCGAUCGCCCACACUGAGCACCGGAGGAGCUUCUCUGUGGACAGCGACGAUGUGAGGCAGGCCGCCAGGCUGCUCCUGCCCGGCGUGGACUGUGAGCCGCGGCAGCUCAAGGCGGACGAUUGUUUCUGUGCAACCAGAAAGUUGGACGCAGCCUCCACAGAGGCAAAGUUCCUGCAGGAUCUGGGUUUCAGGAUGCUGAACUGCGGACGGACCGACUUGGUCAAGCAGGCCGUGAACCUGCUGGGGCCUGAUGGGAUCAACAGCAUGAGCGAACAGGGAAUGACCCCCCUCAUGUACGCCUGUGUUCGCGGUGAUGAGGCCAUGGUCCAGAUGCUGCUGGACGCCGGAGCCGACAUCAAUAGCGAGGUGCCAAGCACAGUAAACAAGCACCCCUCAGUUUAUCCUGAAACGCGCCAGGGGACGCCUCUCACUUUCGCCGUGUUACACGGACACGUCCCUGUCGUGCAGUUGUUGCUGGAUAAUAGAGCCAACGUGGAGGGCGCCCUGCAGGAUGGGGCGGAGAACUACACAGAGACCCCGCUACAGCUGGCCGCCGCCGCAGGGAACUUUGAGUUGGUGAGCCUGCUUUUGGAAAGAGGGGCAGACCCCAUGAUCGGGACCAUGUGUCGAAACGGCAUCUCCUCCGCCCCGCUGGGAGACAUGAACUCAUACAGCCUGGCAGCAGCACAUGGUCACAGGAAUGUGUUUCGGAAGCUCUUGUCACAGGUGGAGAAGGAGAAAGGGGACGUCCUGUCCCUGGAGGAGAUCUUGGCCGAGGGAACGGACAGUACGGAGCGGAGGUCGACUCUGCAGGCCAACGGCGGAGGGACCCUGCGAACAGGAAAGGCCAAACUGAGGGCCCUGAGAGAGGCCAUGUACCAUAGCGCAGAGCAUGGCCAUGUGGACAUCACCAUAGACAUCCGCAGCUUAGGCGUUCCCUGGACGCUGCAUACCUGGCUGGAGUCCCUGCGUACCUGCUAUAUCCAGCACCGCCGACCGCUCAUCCAGGGUCUGCUCAAAGACUUCAGCUGCAUCCAGGAGGAGGAGUACACAGAGGAGCUCAUCACACACGGCCUGCCACUCAUGUUCCAGAUCCUCCGAUCCAGCAAGAACGAGGUGAUUAGCCAGCAGCUUUCAGUCAUUUUCACGCAGUGCUACGGGCCCUUUCCCAUUCCAAAGCUGACGGAGAUCAAGAAGAAACAGACCUCGCGCUUAGACCCUCACUUCCUUAACAACAAGGAGAUGUCUGAUGUCACCUUCCUGGUGGAGGGGAAACCAUUUUAUGCACAUAAAGUUCUGCUGUUUACUGCUUCGCCCAGGUUCAAGUCCUUGCUCCAGAACCGACCAGCAGCAGAGAACACCUGUAUUGAGAUCAGUCAUGUCAAGUACAAUAUAUUCCAUUUGGUCAUGCAGUAUCUGUACUAUGGAGGCACUGAGUCCUUGCACAUACGCAACACUGAAAUUAUGGAGCUCUUGUCUGCAGCCAAAUUCUUCCAACUAGAGGCCCUUCAGAGACACUGUGAGAUCAUCUGCUCCAAGAAUAUCACCACCGAAACAUGUGUGGACUUCUACAAACAUGCCAAGUUCCUCGGUGCCACUGAACUCACCGCUUUCAUCGAGGGCUAUUUCCUGAAGAACAUGGUGCUGCUGAUCGAACUCGAUGCCUUCAAGCAGCUGCUGUACGACCCCGCUCCGGCCGAGAGCCCCGCGUCCAGCCCCGGCAUGUGCUCCGACAUCCUUCACGACCUGGAGAAAACCCUCGCCACGCGCAUCCACUCCAUCCACCUCUCCACCUCCAAGGGCUCCGUCGUGUGACCCCCGCCCCCUCCUCCGCGGCCCCUCCGACUCACUCACAGCAACAUCACUUUGACAUGCAGUAUUCCGCUAUACAGUCUGUCCACCUGUCCUGGCCCCCGCUGCUCAGGAGGAGCGGUGGGGUUUUAUGUCAGGGAUUCCCUUUUGCCUCCGUGUACCCGCCUGUCGCAGCGCCCGCCCCAGGGGCCCGCUGGUGUUGGCAUAUGUGACACUGUUAGCGAAAAAGAACAUUCUCACCUUGUCAGAGGCCUAAACCUUUCUUCGUCGUCCUCACCCCUCCCAACGAUCACUUCAGCAUCCAUCAGCGAAGAGCGAAGGACUGACUUAACAUAGAUGCUGUAGCAUCAACUAGACCUAACCAUGAUUAUGAAUUGUAUUUCAUAUAGGAUACAUGCAUGGAAUACAUAACACCUUUUUGCUUAAAAAGGCUGAUUAGAAUUUUAACUCUUUAACUUUUCCUUCGGUUACUCACCUCUGAAAUGAGACUUUGGUUUACAAAUGUGUACUGUCACUUUACCGGACCGGAUGCCAUUGAAGUAGAUCAGUAUUAACAUAAAUAUUAUUCUACCAUGCACAUUGAUAUUAUCGCACCAUAUACCACAAUAAAUUCUGAUAAUAAAAGUAACAAUAGGACAGAGUAGUAGCAAUGCCAGCAGAAGGACCUUUGGUGGGGAUGAACACACUUGCAAUUCAUUCUAUGUCAUUUCUACAGUUUGUUGGAUGUGCUUCACUGUGCUCUCUACUGUGUGUUGAGGCCAAACCGAUCACAGGAACUUCCAUCAUGACCGACACUCCAGCGCUCAUGAAACCUGUAUGACUGUCCACUCAGUGAAUCCUUACUGACGUAUGCUUGAAAUAUGGAUGUCCAACUGGAAACUGACUUGUGAUAACCCCAUGAACACUGUAGACUUUUGCAUGACACCUCCUCCACUGAGCUGCCCCAAUGUCGCUUUUUAUGCAGAGCUUACUUCAUUGACUACUUUUGGAGAGAAGCGAGGAAUCCGUCGCUUGUUGCCUUCUCUCUGCUGCAGAACAGAUGGAGCGGGCUUUCAGAUGGAUUUGGAUGGAGGGGGAGGGGGGGACUUUCUUCAAAGCUAUUUGAAGCAGUGUAAAUAUAUCCCGGAAGUCAUUGUGCUGGUCAUUCUUUUUUUUUUUCUUCCUUUUUCUUUUUGUAAACUAAUGUACAGUAUUCCCCCAAACUCACUUGGCUGAUGACACCAAUCUCAUUGAAUGUGCUCCCUGAACAGACUUUGUUCUAGCUGUAUGUUUCUGUUUAUGCAAAAGUUGCAUGUUUAAUCUGUCCGUACGAUUCCUCCGUUUUGCUUUCUGUGUGUUCGUCUGUAUGCCUAUGUUCUUAGAUCUGUGUUUCAGGUAGAUUGGUAGGGCUAGAGUGGUGUUCAGGAACCUGUGGAAGUCCAAGCAAAGGAUUUUUCCCCCCCACAGCUUUGUUUUUUCUAAUAUAUUCCAAGUUAGGCUUAAUCAUGCAAACAAAUCCGGUGGACACUGGUCACUUUUUAUUUGUUUUAGCCUUACGUUAAUUGGAUCUCUCAGCGUAAAUCUAUGGACCAAAUGAAAACACAGACCCUGAUUUGUACGAUAAUGAUACUGAUUAGCAUCAGCCUAACAGUGUCAGCAGCCCUCCUGUUUAAAUGACACAAUAGACCCUUUUCACAGCAGCCAUUUUGCCAUGAAACAGCAGGGUAAAGCCGGGUGUUACCAAUAAUGUUAAUUAAGGUUCCAUUCCAUUUAAAAGGCCCGGAGCCUUUCGUACCAGGGCCCUGGCUCUGUUAAACCUAAAUGGCGCAGAACAUUAAGUAAUGACAUUAAAAACACCUGUGUUUACCCUGCUAUUUCAUGUCAAAAUGGCUGCUGUGAAAACGGGUUAUUUUAGCAGGUAGAAGUUCAUGCAUGCUCCCAUCCAAACGUCCCCGGCUUCGGUGGAAAUUGUUGAAAUUUCACAAGGUGUAACAAUGCAACAGAAUUUUAAUGUUUACAAAAUGUACAACGUGUCCGGUGCAGCGCCAAACCAAUAUAAUGCUUCCAUUUGAUAAGAUCGCUAUUUUGUUUCCAAUGGCUUAAAAAUGUAGAUGUCUAUAAAGUGUAAACAUAUUUUGUGCUGGUUGUCUCUAACAGUCCAGUAAUUGGAUUGCAUCAUCAGUACGAUAGAGAUAAAAGAGACAAAUCUUACGAUAGUAUGAACAAUGUUGUAGCACAAUCAAAAGUACGUAAAGAUUAGUUUUGGGCCAAACACACUUUAGGUGACCAUAUAGGCAGAUGAUUUAAAAUCUGUAAAUAGUUACAGAAAAAGAAAUAUAUUAGCCUUCUACUUUAUUUUCUUACCUACAUACAUAGCACUAUAUAUUUUAUUUUACAUUUCCACAGCUAUUUUGUUUUACAAAAGUGAAAAAGAUUGUAUAAAAACACGCUUUAGAGUUAAGCAAUAUUUCAAUAAGGUUGUAUUACUUGGGGUAAUAAAAUGAACAACAUGCCACGGAACAAAUUGAGCUAUAAAUGUGAAUUGAAAGAUCCAUAAAAUAAUGAAAAGGUCGGUCACUGAAAAAGCCUGCUUCUACUAUUCUUGUUUAUUUUGUUAAUGUAACAACAUACCGUUUUGUAUUUUCUUUAGAGCAUAUUUCACUCAUUUCAAAAGAAUAUUCCUUACUUAAAGGCUUACGUUUAUCCUAAUAGUCUUAAUGAAGCUGAUCUGAAGUUAUUCAAAAUAACUUUAGCUAGGAUUGUGAUCUUUCUGCUACAUAUAAAACGCUUUAUUACAUUUGGCAUUAUACUCAAUCCUACUUCUACAUUCCCACAUUUGAAUUGACUCAAUCUGCUAUUUAAAUGUGCAAUGUAUCUUAAUCAAAAUACCAGACCAGUGACUAUUUGUCUUUACAGAAGCAAAGAGGUUCAUAAAGAUGUCAUGCACUUUUCGUGCUAGUGUUACUAUAGCCUCAUAGAAAAUCAAAAGCAUCAGUAUUUUAAUAGUGAGCCUAAGUUUGUCUCUUUGUGACUGGCUCGUCCAUCAGUUUAAUAUGGCUUUAUAACAUUAGAAGAUAGAUAGAAGCCAAAAGCAAAGCUUAUCUUUUUAUUAGUCUCAAUGUUAUGCCACGAGCAGAGCAGACUAACUUUAGCUUUCCCCUGUACUUGCACUUUUGAUUCUAAACUGGGUCAAAGCUGUAGAGUAAAUGUCAGUGAGCAUGGCUGUUUUUGUUUAAUGUUGUUGAGAAUGUGCUGUGGACACCAGCUUUGUCUAAUCAGACUCCCUCCCCUUAAUUUGUCCGAGCAUUUAUUUGCCUGCGUAUUUGUUCCUGGUAACCAACAACAUGUCUCCUAGAUGCAGUUGAAACAUGCAUGGGAUAUUUACUAGAUCUGGAAUACGGGGUUGGGCGGGGGCACUUUUGCUAUUUUUUUCCUUCGAUGAGAACAUGUAUAUUGUACAAAAUAUAUAUAUAUAUAUGAAAUAUAAAUUAUACAUGGUGUUAAUAGCAGGGAUGUGGUUGAGUAUAACAACAAAAAAGGAAUGUUACACUCGUGCUACAGUUCAAUUGUUCCAUGACAUGCUUUUGUGUACAGCCA